GUUCGUUUAUUAAAAAGUGAUAAAAAAUUAGCAACACUGACCGUUUCGAGUGCGCUUUAAAUAGUGUUUCUAUAAUUAUUGAGUGUUAUUGUUGUGGGUUGCAAGUGAUGCCAGAAGCGACAACAGACAGGUGGGAGCGGGCAGCGGGCAAGCGGGCAACAACAGCGCGUUUAUGUAAUGUAAGGGCGCUCUACAGGCGCGCGGCAGUGCUCAGCCGACCGCCGCCGCCGCGCCGAGCCGCGCCGCCCGCACCACCCGGACCAUGGACGACGGGCCGCCCCCUCCCGCGCCCCACCAAACCGGCUUCGGAGCUUUCUGCAACGCCAUCUCCGACACGCUCACGGUACGUACGCGUAUCGCCACCGCCACCGCUACCGCCGACGGCCGACCGUCUCCGUUCUCUACCCGAGCGCCACCAGUUUUGGCGCCAGAUCUCGCAACCGACCGACCUCCGAUUCCGCUAAUCCACGAUAUAAAACUUUAGUGUCACUAAAUCUAUUUCGGGGAGCACGUGGCCCGAGGUCGCUACCCGAGGUCUCUACCGUGCCGUCGUCGUCGAGGAAUAGGAAUAAAGUCGAAUAAAAAAUAUAAACACGUUUAUUAUUAGAGCACUCGUUGAGGCCGGGUCGCACGGUAGUGAUUUGUCCGAUGGCUGUGAUAUACAGAAAUACCCGCACAUCAAACGGCUCUCGACGCGCGACGCACGAAGGCAACGCGACAACGCUCCUGCCAUACUCGCCGCACGACCUCCCGCGACCGGCGACGCUCGCCUCGCACGCGACCUGACCGCUGCAUUGCUCUCGAACCACAGGGAAUGGCAACUACGUCCAGAAGUAGAAGAAAGCAGGACGAUGAGAAGAAAAGUAAGAAAAAACAGUCGCCGGUGGAUGACAGGCCUACCGUGCCCGCGCCCAGCGAGGCAAUGCUCAACAAUCUACGCACAGCGUUCGGCCUUCUUGACCGGGACAGUGAUGGUCACGUGACCCCCGAGGAGUUGCAGUUCAUGUUGCGGAAUCUUGGCAUCGAAGUGAGCGACGACCUUAUCUCCGACCUCAUCAAGGAUGCCAGUAAAACUGGAAACGGCCUCAUAGACGAGAAUGAUUUCAUGCAGUGGGUGACAAAAAUACAGGCGUUACAAGGGAUGGACGUCAGUAACAGUGGAGGGGACACAGAAGAAGAAAUCACUAGAGACUUACUGGCAGCAUUCAAAGUAUUCGACCGUGAUGACAACGGGUACAUAACACGCGAUGAGCUGCGGUCCGCGCUGGAGAUGAUCGGCGAGCCGGUCACCGACGCGCAGCUCAACCAGGUGCUGGCGCUCGGCGACAUCGACCAUGAUGGCCGCAUCGAUUACGAAGAAUUCGUGAAGAUGCUGCUGUAACGUAAUUUUUUUCUUGUACCUCAGUGAGCAAAACCUCAUUAGAUGUAACAAUAUUUUUUAAAGACAAGUGUUCUUCGGGUGGAUAGUGCUCCCGACUGAUAAGAUCUGUACCAAUAAUGUAGCUUUCGGUCAUUGUCAAACCACUAUCUGAUAUGUGGAAAUAAUAUAAUAAACUUCAAGACAUAGCAUUAUUAAUAUUUGAUAGUAUUCUGGCUAUUCAUAGCAUAUUUUUAAGCAACGUCUGUUAACCCUUAUAGUGCAAACUUUCGCAUACCAGUCUUUGUAUUCGAAAAUUCGGAUAGUAUUCUAGUCAUAAUAAUGAAAAUGACGAAAUCUCCAAAAAGUGUACAUAGCUGAUGUUGGUGUGACAACGACGUUUUGUUAAAAUCAACAGCUAAUAAUAUUUAAUUAAGAUGUAUUGUUGAUGUUUCUAUUACCAAGAAAAAGCUACAUUCUGUACAGACGCAUGAUAGCAGAAGCUGCGCAUCGCUAGACAACUCUUCCAUUCAGUUUUUCUGUGUAUUUUUUAUAUUAAUCAGGUAUAUUUAAUAUGAAAGACAUCAUCUUUAGGAACUAACAACAUACCUAUUUAUUAUAUUUUAGAUAUAUUUAUUUAUUGGAAUAAAAAAGUACUUUUAAAUAAAUGGAAAAACAAUAAUUAAUAAUAAUAAUUACAGAGCGUAAGUUGCAGUUGCCUACUGUUAAAUGUAUGUUGUAUAUAGAAGUAAUUUUGUAAUUAAUAACUAAUGUAGGUUAAUAUCAUUAAAUUCGAUGUGAUAACAUACACAUUUGUAACACACAUACUUAUAGAAAUAUAAAAAAAAAUGCUGUUAGUGAAUAUAAUAGAUUACUAGAUAUCAGAGCCGGCCCGUUUAAUCUGGCACCCUAGGCCACUUACCGAUAUGCACCCCUCCUUCCUUCCCCCUGGUUGGGGACUUAACAAAGUUUUUUUAUCUUAAUUGUGGAGGACCCUCUCUUGUGGGCCACAGCCUGCCCUGCCUUAAAACCGUCCCUGCUGGAUAUUGUUGAGUGAGACCAUACAUUGUACUGAGCUCAAGCCCGAUAUUCAAAUAAAAGAUGUACUACUUAAAAUACAUAUUGUCAAAAUUAUAAAUAUUAAAAACAUUUUUACAAACAUACAAGUAGAUGUUGUUGAAAGUUCCUAAAUUAAUAUGACCAUAGAUCAAAAUGACGACAAUAAAAUUAAAAAACCCUAAUAUUUAGAAAUUUGUGUAUUUACAAUAUUAAUAUUUUGUUAAUUUUUUAUCACGAUACGUUAUGUUUUUAUUACGUUUUUUAUUAGGAUAUCGGAACAGAACCGACAAUAUCUAAUAUUUAAUAUAGUGCGUGCUCGAAUUUUAUUGCAAAUUUUGGAACAUUUGUAGACAUAAUUUGUAAAAAAAACGUGUAUUUUAUUUAUGAAAUAACGAACUAUGUACUUCAAAUGUAAUAUUGCAAACAGUAAGGUUGUGAAAUUUUGGUUAAUUCUGCACAGAUUUUUCAGCGCUGUCAAUAUUUUUAAGAUGAAAUAUUAAAGUGUACCGUAUUUAAGUAUUUAUGAACUAUUGUUGAUGUUAAACUUUUGUACCUUGCAUAUGUAAAUAUUAACUAUAAUUGAGGACGUCAUUAUGAAACUUUAAAAUGGACAAAUGUAUUUUUUUUAUUGUUUACAAUGUAAAUUCAAGGUUUAACGAAAAUUUACUCAAUCUCCAAUUAUUCGCUUUUACUUUACAACGUAUCCUAGUUAUUAUUGUACAUAAUCUUUUAAGCUAAUAUUUACAAUUGCAAUAUACAUAAAAAUCAUGUUAGUAUAAUAGUCAUUGAGCCUUCGAAAGGCAAGUGAUUUGGAAUGAAAGUGAUCAAUAAAAAUAUGAAUUUGUUAUUUAUUUUAAUUGUUGUUUUAGAAUUUGUUAUAAAUACCUACAUCCUUUAUUUCUUUAUAAAAAACAACUUAUUUUUUCCGAAAAGUAACCAAUACCGAAAGGAACUUUUACAAGCAAUAAGAUACUUUUAAUUGUGAAUUUACAGUAUAUACAAGAUAUUAUGAUGGUCUUUACAAUGUAGGUAAUCACUGAAGUAGGAAAACUUAUAAUAUGUACCUACCUACAUACCUUUAAUCAAAUUAUUACCUACUAGCUAUCUUAAGAUGUUCAGAGAAUACAUUGUUCAUUUAUUAGAGUCGCAAGUAUGAAAUAAAUAAAAAAAAAACAAUAAUAUUAACUCAUUCAAUAGACUUUCCACAUUAUUCCAAAACGCGAACUAAAGUUGUUUAGUACUAAUGUUGAUUCUGUUUUCUUUUUAACAAAGAAAGUGUUAAAAUAAUCCAGGUGUAAAUUUAGUCUACGUAUUGUAAUAAGGCGAUAAGUAUCAGGCGGUAGUAUUAAAUAAGGGCCAUCAUAAAAUGUUGUAACAAUUAAAUCGCUUAGCAGCAGAAUCAAUCUUUUCCAUUUAAGAAUUUGCUGAUGAAGUCAGUGGGUCGAGGUUCAAUAGUGGGCUUCCAAUUUGCCAUAACGUGACCUUUUUGCUGCCAGCUGUACUUUAUCUCUUGAAGUUCCAUAUAGCCCUGUCAUAACUAAGAUAUCAAUGAUCCUUAUAUCGGUUACACACGCAUUUUUGUAAAAUUGUUCCCUUAUUUUUGAACGGAUUUGGCUUUCAGAUUUGGGAAUGUCAAAAUAUUUAUGAAUAUAAGGAAUAUAACGAUAAAACGCCCUGUAAAGCCCGAUUGCUCUUCUUCGCGCUUCACAGAAAUCAGUCGACAUUAGUGGUUUCACAACCCGACAGGUUGUUUUCAUAGUCUCACGGCCAGCCAUUUUUUAUACAAUUACUAUUAUUUUAUGUUCUGGAGUUUAAUUAUCUCAGAGACUGGAGAUGAGUUUUGUUUUACAAUAUAGGUAAAAUUCGUCCAAAAAUUUUAUUUUGAUUUACCAGUUGUCAAUUUUGACACGAAACUUCGAUUAAGUUAUUUUUGUCGAUGGAAGAAAGUAUUGAAUGGGUAUUAUAAUUUAUUGUUUUAUCUAAUACUAGCUGACCCAGCGAACUUCGUACCGCCAUAAAAAUAGGGGCAGGUGGUACGCACGUGCUAAUAGGCUAGUUGACUCAUAUCGAAUUGUAUUAAAUAAAUGUUUAUUUCUUACAGUAUUUGGUCUAAGGAACCUAAAUAUAUCGAUUUCACUUCAUAAAAGCAGAAGAUUGCUGUAGAAAUUUAAUUUUAAAAAAUAUUUUUUAGUCUAUAUUUUUUAAACACUAAAAACGCUGUUCGCCACAUCCGCCAUGAUUGUGACGUCUCUUUCAGUAAACAACUAAAUGUCAUUCGCGUGUUAUUGUGGGUGGAUUCUUUAGUCUGAAUAAAUUUAUCUUAAAACACUUUUAACUUUAGAAAAGUUUCCGUUUACUUUUUUUUUUGACAAAACUAAUUAUGGAUGCCGGCUUUGUGAAAGCAGAAAGCACAAAUCUGCCAAGAAUUGACGCAUUGAUGGUUGGUGAAUUUUUUGCACUAAACCCCCAUUUUUGCUCUGCGGAGCAGAUAAACGACAAGGCAUCUAUGUAAGUACAGUGCAUUUAGUAUUACAAUGUAGUAAUAAACAUAAAACUGAUACAACAUAUGAAUAAGUGUAAUAAAGUUGCGUAGGUUAAUUUCUUUCGGCACUUUAAUCCAUAACAUUCCUGGAGUCUUCAAGGAUGUGUUUUUAUAUUCUCGUACAAUACAAUAAUGUUAAUUACUUUAUUUUUCGUGGUAUUUAUUAGAAAUCGUGUUCUUUUUAUCAUAAACUCAAAUAAGUUAUUUUCUACGUGCUUACGAGUUU